AUGUGCAACCGCCGGAGAGAGCCGAAGCGGGGAGCCGCGGGCAGCGGGGAGGCUGCGGCCGGGGCCGGGGGUCGGUCGGUGCCCGGGGGGGGGGGUGGGGUGGGGGGGCGGGCCGGGCUCCCACCGCCGCUCCGCCCGCCCCAUGGCUCUGCCCGGGGCGCCGGGCGCCGCCCGCCCCGCUCCGCCCGCCCGGUGCCCGAGGAACCGCCGGCCCUGAACCGGCAGCGCUGCCGCCGCGACCGAAGGGAAGUGGCCCCCGGGCUCCUCUUGUGCCAAGCAAAAGCCCUGAGGGAGGAGGAAGAAGAGAAGGAGGAGGAAGAAGAGAAGAAGGAGGAGGAGGAGGGGGAGGAAGGAAGAAAAGGAGGAAAAAAAAAAACAACCCAAGCCAGGAGAAGGAAGAGCUUGGGCUGGAGCCAAGGCAGACCUGGAUCGGACGGAGGGGACGCUGGACUCCCUCAGGACACCUGUGCCCAGCCAGGAGACCACCCCCGCCACCCCCCCACCCCCCCAGUGCUGGAGACUCUGGAGCGAGGAGAACCUGACCCUGCCGACGGGGAGCAGCACUGCCCAGCGAGGUCGGGGGAGGGCGAGCAUCCUCCUCCCUGGAACCGGGGAGCAGAAGAGUCGUCAGCCUCUGGAUUCCCUCUUCCCGGGACAUCAGACACGCUCUUCCCCUUCUCCCUCCUCCUCCUCCUCCUCCUCCUCCUCCUCCUCCUCCUCCUCCUCCUCCUCCUUCUCCUCCUCCUCCUCCUCCUCCUCCUCCUCCUCCUCCUCCUCCUCCUCCUCCUCCUCCUCUCCCAGCUCCUCCGCAGCAGGCAGGGACAUCCCUGCCGGGCUCGGCAGCUCUCUCCCUCCUCUUCUCACUCCAUCACCUCCCCGCAUCCCGCCGGGACCGUGGGUUUAGCUCCGUCCUACUACAGCAUUCCCACCUCUGCAUGGUGCAUCCCGAACCUUCUGACCGCUCCGAAUCGGAGCCCUCCGACCUCGCAGGGAGGCGAGAGUGCGGCUGGGACUUUCUUGGAGGCAGGGCAACGUUAA